UAUUUUAAGAGAGGAUGAGAUUAGGAGCCAAAGUGGAGUGAUGCGCUCUCUGCAGUGACCUCCGUUCUCCCACACAGGAGAAAACCCACGUCUUUUGCUUGUGAAGUGGCUGGGACUCUUGGGUGCGAGGCAUUAUUAUAUAAAUUCAAGCUCGCUCCUGAUCCUUAGUACCCUGAGUUGCCUGAAGGGAGGAAAUGGCACUGUCUGCGUUUGCAGCCCGGGAGCUCCGGCCGCCACUGCAACCAGAGCAAGGAGCCCGCACCACCUGUCCCCGCCGGCAUUCCAGAGUAGAGGCUGAAUUGGCAGCAAGCUGGCCAGGGCGGGUCGCCGCCCCAGUCCUUGCCGGCCCUCCUAGGGGUGUGUCUCGGGGAUUCAACUGCCCGCCGCUCCAGGACAAGCCCCCAAAGGCAUUUUCUUCCUUGGCGGGAGCCUUGCGCGCCCUGUUCUUAGCGCUGCUGUCUCGAGGCCGCCGCAGGCGGAUGCACGACCUCAGGCGACGCUGGGACCUGGGCUCCCUCUGCCGGGCCGUGCUCACUCGGGGCCUGGCAGCCGUGGGCCACUCAGUCAAGCACGUGCUCAGCGCGAUCUUCUCCAAGAUCUUCGGUCCCUUGGCCAGCGUCGGGAACAUGGAUGAGAAAUCCAACAAGCUGCUGCUGGCUUUGGUGAUGCUGUUCCUAUUUGCCGUGAUCGUCCUCCAAUACGUGUGCCCCGGCACAGAAUGCCAGCUCCUCCGCCUGCAGGCGUUCAGCUCCCCGGUGCCGGAUCCGUACCGGUCGGAGGAUGAGAGCUCCGCUAGGUUUGUGCCCCGCUACAAUUUCAGCCGUGCUGAUCUCCUGCGCAAGGUAGACUUCGACAUCAACGGCGAUGACCUGAUUGUGUUCUUGCACAUCCAGAAGACUGGGGGCACCACUUUUGGCCGUCACCUGGUGCGCAACAUCCAGCUGGAGCAGCCAUGUGAGUGCCGCGUGGGGCAGAAGAAAUGCACUUGCCACCGGCCGGGUAAGAGGGAGACCUGGCUCUUCUCCAGGUUCUCCACUGGCUGGAGCUGUGGGCUGCAUGCCGACUGGACCGAGCUCACCAGCUGCGUGCCCGCAAUGGUGGAUGGCAAGCGCGACGCCAGGCUGAGACCUUCCAGCUCUUGCUACUGGUUUUACUGUUCCUUUAACAGGUGGAGGAUUUUUCAGAUUCUAGAUGCAGCAAGUAAAAAUAGAUGGGGUUCUUCAAACUUCAACUCAGGUGCCAACUCUCCAUUAUCUACAAAGACCCGGAGCACAUCUAAGAGUGGGAAGAACUUCCAUUACAUCACCAUCCUCAGAGACCCAGUGUCCCGGUACUUGAGCGAAUGGAGGCAUGUCCAGAGAGGAGCCACAUGGAAAGCAUCCCUGCACGUCUGUGAUGGAAGACCCCCAACCUCUGAAGAAUUGCCCAGCUGCUACACUGGUGAUGACUGGUCUGGAUGCCCUCUCAAAGAGUUCAUGGACUGCCCCUAUAAUCUGGCCAACAACCGCCAAGUACGCAUGCUGUCUGACCUGACGCUGGUUGGCUGCUACAACCUCUCUGUCAUGCCGGAAAAGCAAAGAAACAAGGUCCUUCUGGAAAGUGCUAAAUCCAAUCUGAAGCAUAUGGCGUUCUUUGGCCUCACCGAGUUUCAGCGUAAGACCCAGUACCUGUUUGAGAAGACCUUCAACAUGAACUUUAUUUCGCCGUUUACCCAAUAUAAUACCACUAGGGCCUCUAGUGUAGAGAUCAAUGAGGAGAUCCAAAAGCGUAUUGAGAGGCUGAAUUUUCUGGAUAUGGAGUUGUACAGCUAUGCGAAAGACCUCUUUCUGCAAAGGUAUCAGUUCAUGAGGCAGAAAGAGCAUCAGGAUGCUAGGCGGAAGCGUCAGGAGCAACGCAAGUUUCUGAAGGGAAGGUUUCUUCAGACCCAUUUCCAGAGUCAGAGUAAGGGCCAGGGCCAGAGUCCAGGUCAGAAUCUGAGUCAGAAUCCAAAUCCCAACCCAAAUCAGAACCUGACUCAGAACCUGAGUCAGAAUCUGACUCGGAAAUCAAAGCCUAAUUUGAGCCAGAAGAAGAACCAGGGAAGACAGAAGCAGAGCUUGGGCCAGGAGCAGAAGGUUAGCAGCACCAGCAAUGGCACCAAUGACUACAUAGGCAGUGUAGAGACAUGGCGCUAAAUGGCUCUGUAAAGCUUGUGCACACUGCUUCCCAAAGCACCACCAAAAAGAUGGCGUGUAUAUUACGAGAUGAAAAUGUCCAAACACAUCCUGCUUCCCCUUAUUUUGGAAGUUCAAAACAAAUAUAGAUGUUGCCUUUACAGUUGCCUUUUGAUUCAGUGUUACACUGUGUGUGGGUAAAACAAAUCUCAGUGUGUAAUUAAAUUGUCUUUUUGGGGGAUGAACUAUUUCUGAAAUCCAAGAGCCAAACCAGACUCCACCAGAAACUGCAGUUUAGAUAUUUUAAGAAGUUCUUAAAUUAGGUAUGGAGACACAAAGAAAACAUGAAAUGUGGCCAUUUAAACUUUAAGAAACAGACUUUAAAUGAUUCCGGAUACUCUGUUAAAACCCAAUCUUGAAAGCAAACCCCCACCCCCAGGGAAGCAUAAGUAAAAACAUGAGCAGACUAAGAGAUGCUCAAAAACCUUUAAUUUCAUUCUUAUUUUAACAAGGAGUCUAAACAGCAAAACAACUGAUGAUAAAUUUUGCCAAAGUGUAGAAAGUAAACGGUUUCUCACUUACAUGUAGGUGGGUUUAUGUAAAAAUAAUGGCUUUUCAAAUAGAUCAGGAUUCAUGUCUUAUAAUUUAACAGAUGUUUAAAAUUUUAAAAUUUUCUACCUUCUGCUGAUUAAAAGGUUUUAAACAGGGUAUAUCUCAUAUUAACAAAGCAUUUUCUUUCCAAAUGGAAUACCAAUGGAAAGAUCCAGUUUCCAGAUGGUUUCAGGGCACUGUAAUUUCAACAAUUUCAAUCUUUUUGGCGCUGCUUCUCAUUCACUUUAAGGCUUCUCUGAGUUGUGCUCAUUCCAAAUGAAUCCAUGUAUAGAAUAUUUCUUCAUCAGCUAAAUUGUGUGUUGCUGAAUCUCUUUUGUUAUUUAAUCCUGGAUUAAAGUCAGGACUUUCUAUAGACUUGUCUUAUCAAUGUCCGUGUAGUAAGGUCCGUAACAAGAACUCUCAAACAGGAUAACAUGUCUUUAAAUAUUGCUGAAGUUAUUAUUCUUGAUCAGAUUGAAUUGAACCUGAAUGUGAACUGUUAAUUAUUUUGCUUAUUGUAAUGUUUCCAGUGUGACUGACUAUUUCUGGCCCGUGGUUCCUUUUUUGUAUUGACAGGUUUGUACACAAUAAUAAGAGCAAUUUUUUUUUCCUCAAAGACCAUGGUAGAGUAAGCAUUAAGACAUCCAGAGUCGCUCAGUAACGCCAAAAGCUGCCUCUUGAUACUUGAGGUUAACAUCUCUGCCAGGUUUUUGUUUAUGAAAGAUCGAAAGUGAAGAAUGCUCUGCUGUGAACCUAAGUGUCAGGGACAUACAAGUUGAGGAGAAUAGUUUGGUAGUAUAAGUCUGUAAUAAAUAAUAUUUUGAUGUCAUCAACUACAAAGUAAACGUAGGAAGAAGUAUGUACCUACUGUAUUAUUAAACAUCAUUCUGCAUGGCGGUGUCCACCUCGUGGUUGUUGCUACACUUCUUCUAUAAAACUUGUAUUAAUCCCUUGGCGUCAAUCAAACAAGGUGACUAGAAGUGGUAUUUAUGUUUUCAAGAGGGACAUUCUUGGAAAUAUGAUCAUUCUUGGAAAUCUUUCAUCAUCUGACCUUGUUUAAUCUGUAACAAUAUGGCCACAAGUUAGACACGGAGUUGAGUGUCUGGCUUUAAAGGGAUUUUCUUGACUCUGAGCUCUGUAACAGUAUUUACAGGUUUUGUUUUGUGGCAUUGCAGUGUUCUGAAUUGUAUCUAAAAAAAAAAAAAAAAAAAAAAAACACAAACAAAAAACUGGAAGGAAUUUUGAAAAGCACAUCUUGAAGUAAGUGUUUUAGAAUGAACUUAUUUGGUGUAUGUUGUGUUCUUGAAGUAUUCUGUAGAUCACUAUGGCAUUUCAGUCUCUUUAUUUGUAAUUGAAAAUAUUUGCUCUUAAAACUGACAGUGUUGGAAAGCAGGACAGAGUCUGAACCAGUGGGAAAGCUAGUUACAGGAAAAAAAAAUGUGUUAUUGCUGUGGUGUGCAUGGUUUGCAGAGAUUAAGUGCAUUUUCUCUGUCUCUACUGAUUACUGUAUAUAGAGAAUGUUAUAAAUAUACGUUUUUGUCAUCAUCAUGUAAAUCCCACGAUUUCAAACUGUAAACAUCUGUUCAGUGGUGUAGCUUUACAAACCAUUCACUGAUUUUGUGUAAUUUAACAAUAGAUGUGAAAUAAAGUUUCAAUUGCA